CUGACCCUAUGCCAGUACAACGCAGCCUUGGACUUCUCUGGAAUCUAAUAUCGGACACAUUCAUCUUCCAAGCCAGCAAGGAGGAAAAGCCCUUCACACGUAGGAGUGUUCUGUCCACCAUAAAUAGCUUGUAUGAUCCCUUGGGGUUUGCAGCUCCAGUUACAAUUCAAGGAAAAGCCCUACUCAGAAACUUAACCCAUGAAACAUCUGACUGGGACACACCUUUACCAGCCGAUCAAAGGAUUCAGUGGGAAGAGUGGAAAAACUCUCUAACAGCUUUAUCUAAGCUCAAUGUAGCUAGACCCUAUGCACCAGUGCCUUCUACAGAAAUACAAAGCCAAAAACUCUACAUAUUUUCAGAUGCUUCUGUCAAGGCAAUUGCUGCUGUGGCCUAUAUUAAAACCAUGGACUCUAAAGUACAAUGCCAUGUCGGAUUUGUCAUGGGUAAAACCAAACUUGCACCAUACCCUGAGCACACUGUACCCAGACUAGAACUAUGUGCUGCUGUACUAGCUGUUGAGGUAGCUGAAUUAAUUACAUCUAAAUUGGACAUUGACCUAAAAGACGUUGCGUUCUACACAGACAGUAAGGUGGUCUUAGGUUAUAUCUACAAUGAAACCAGAAGAUUCUAUGUCUAUGUUAACAACAGAGUGUUACGGAUUAGGAGAUCUGUCCAUCCAAAGCAGUGGCACUAUGUACCUACAGACCAGAACCCUGCUGAUCAUGCUACUAGAGCCGUUGCUGCUAAUCAUUUGAAUAACACUACGUGGUUUUCAGGACCAAAAUUAUUGUACAACCCAGAGCAAGCUACCGUGAAUGCCUUUGAAUUAGUGGGUGCAGAGUUGGAUGUUGAAAUCCGCCCUCAGGUGUCUACACUCCACACAACAACCUCAGAUAACCAACUCGGAUCUCAGAGAUUCAAACGAUUUUCAACCUAGAAGUCACUUGUUCGAGCAAUUACCUGUUUAACUCACAUAACUUGCUCAUUCAGUAGUAUGAGAACUUCUAGUCUAAAUGAAUGUAAAGGCUGGCAUCACUGUACAAAGGUCUAUGCAGUAUCAGACCUGGAACAUUCAAAGAAACCAUUGGCCUCUUGGCUUAGUCACCAAAACAUUCCCUAGUGAAGAUGGACAUGUUCGCAAAGUAGAAGUGAAAAUAGCAAAAGGAAGUGAAUCCAAGUUGUUUCUCAGACCAAUAUCUGAACUAAUUUUGCUUCUAUCUUCUGAAGACUAAAUUGGUGGCAUCCACGGAUACCAAGCGGGGAGUGUCAUGCCUCCAGCAUCUUUAUGUACUGUAAAGUGCGCCUGAUUACACAGGCACUUCAUCUAGUGGCUGACUUUGCCUUUCAGUGAUUUGUCCCUCUGCUCCUUCCAUCCCUCCUCAGUGAAGUGAAGCAUCUUGGGAGGAAGAACUCCAUUACAGACUGUGCUAAGAAGAGAGAGACUGCAUACUCCAUUGCCCCAUGUGGCAGCAUCGCUGUUUCACCGCGUGCUUAUUACCUAUGACUCAAUAAAUCUACAGACUUCACCAUACAGUCUUGUCUCUUGAUGAAUAGGGCGGUUUAUCUGCAUGUCAGACUACACACACCACAGGGUAACGUGUAGCGAGGACAGAACAGACGUAAUUCUCAGAUCCUGCUUGUCUUUGUGCAAACUUCUCAAUGAGACUAGCACCUACCCUCCUGCAAGACAAACACCCCUUGAUCUCUGGCUUCACAGCCACACCUCCCCCUCCCUGUGUGAGGACCUUGUCUGCAGAGAAGCCCAGUCUCCUCAGCACAUAACCCUGCCCUUUUCCUGCUGUAGAUCUUAUCAUUGACUGCUGCCAUUCAGAGGACAGCAUUAUGUAUUGCAGGGGGGAAGGAUAGUUUGAAAGAAAAUAUUUGUAAAGUGCAUGCUGCUAACUGUGUUUACAACAACACAGCAUGCACACAGAUAGUAAAAGCAGUUAGCUGGCAGCCAUUACACAGAGCCACACUGACUGGUGGGAGUUGUAGUCUGGGUUCCAAGCAAGGAAAAAUAAUAUUUAGGAGACAACAGGGGCCACACGAACUGGCAAAAUCACAUGGAUAACUACACGGGACACAGAGCAGGUAUUGUGGUGGCUUUGGGGGCAUUUUCUUUUUCUAAAAGGGGUAUUCCAGGAUUUUUUUUAUUUGACUAUGCUACAGGGGCUGUAAAAUGUGUAUAAUUCAUAAUAUGGUGUCUGUACCUGUAUGUGAUGGUUUUCUCACAAUUCUUUUGUGAUUUUCACCCCAAUAUUUAUUUUUAACAGCAUACAAAAUGACUGCUGUCUCAGAUUUUCCCAGGUUGCAAUGCGACCGAGACCUGACUCCCUAGUCAGCUGAUGACAGGGAGCCUGUCUGCUUCAAUGGGUGGAGCGAUCGCUUGGUGGGAGAGAGAUCAAUCUGCAACUAAUGCAAUAGCUGUAAGCACCCUGAUUGAAAACCAAAGGUCUUUUGAAUGGAUGCCGCUCAUCUAUGUUUCAAUGGGUGGGGUCAAUGGGUGGUGUGGCUGAUGUGUGGGAGGGAGGAAAAUGGAAUUAUGGGAUUUUUAGGCAAAAGAAAACUCAAACAGGAAAUACCAGUUCACAAAAAGCUAAGCUAGCCACAGUGUUAUGGUAAUCUCAUGACAUAGCCAUUUAGCCCCAAGACAAGCGCAGAGCCUUCCUAAGCAUGUCCAUUACUGUCUGCCAGGUACAUACUAAAAUCACCACUUAAAUCCUUGCAGUGCAUUUUCUGCAAGUGUGCUGAAAUAAUCUGUGCUGCUGUACCUGCAUUACUCCCUUCUGCCUAAUGCUACACUGUGACUGGACUCAGGUCCCUGACCUCUGCCUGCUGUAUAUUGAACCCCUGCGGUGCUGUCCCUGCAAGUCUACUGACAUCCUCUGUGCUGCUGUGCCUGUAUUACUAGUUGUUGUCCACUGUUCUCAGAGUACUCUACCUGGACCCAAGGAUUCCUCUACUCCUGGUGGCCCCGAUGUAUGGCGGUUGAAAUGGGGAGGUAAAAAAAGGACGGGAACACUCUAACUCGCAAAGAAAGGGUGCCCCAUCGCCUACCCGCAACAGGCUGGCCGGAAAACAACAGUAGGUGGCGGUGAGGCUGGAUUGCUUUACCAUGCGAUAUACAUAUGCCCAUACAUGUGGAUGGAUUUCCUGCUCCUGCGGACACCCUGGAGGAUUAUGGGGCCCUCAUGCAGGCGAUAUCCCAAGACUUUCCUUUUUCUCGCUCCCUACUACACUACCUGACUUCACUGUGGCCUCACCACCUCUUAGGCAGUCUGGAGAAUGCGGAAGCAUUCACUGAGAUUCAGCGGUGCAACAUUACUCUCUCUUGCUUAACAACUCAGGUUGGCACUGUGCAGUCUGACAUUACGCUAAUCCGCCAUGAUCUGCAAAAAUUUACAGAGGGUACCUCUGCAGCAGAGGGACGCAUCAGUGACAUUAAGGAUGCUCUACCUCUGUUGGUUCAGGACACUAACCGUCAUGAUCAGGAUAUCCUAUUUCUAAAGGCUAAGGCGGAUGACCUGGAGAAUCACCUGCGCCGACACAUCCACAUAGUGGGGCUGCCAGAGAGCGGAGGGUCGAAAUCCUACUGAAUAUGUUGAGAGCUGGCUGAAGGACUUAUUUGAUGCUUCCAAUAUUCCCUGCCUAUAUUGUGUGGAGCGGCCCACAGGGUCCCUAUGAGGCCACUACCUCCAGGAAGUCCACCGAGGCCCAUGCCGGUCAAGCUGCUGCAGUACCGUGAUCGAGAUGCUAUCCUGCGGCUGGCUAGGGAGCAGCAACCAAUCACUGUGGAUGGCAACAUACUUUCCUUUUUUUUUCCAGAUUACUCUGCAGAUGUCCAGAAAAAAUGAGCUACCUUCUUGGCAAUUAAGAGACGGCUCAGAUCCCUGGAUGAUCUCUAGUCCAUUGCUUUAUCCUGCUUGUCUUCAGGCGUUUGUUAUGGGAACUACACAUUUCUUUGAUGGUGUGGACGCUGCGCCAUCCCUGGCUUGACGCCCAUGAAUCGCAGAUUCGCCAGUAGGCCUGUCGAGGAUCUCCUUGCCUAGGUCCAGACUGACCUGGGUCCUGGUGCAGUACUGAACUCUAAUGCCAUGAAUGCCUUCACUUUUGCUCCUAGACUCAGGGUGUUGCUAUAAUCAUUAUAUUAUGCUCUCUUGUUGUUAUAGCUGAUUACUGGUAAUAUCUCUGUAUAUGUCUCUAUGUAUAUUUGCUAUCGGAUAUAUUUGUCCUCUGCUGAUUGCAGGGGCAAGCUCCCUUAUGCCUACUGUUUCUCUGAUUGAAUGUUGUUCAAGUUGAUGCUGUUUACACCUGCUUGGUUGAAUUUGCUCUACUGCUCUGCUGAAGACCCUUAACUGUGUUCCUUCCAAUUUCCUUUUCUGGUGUGUGUGUCCAGCAGUGCAGGCGCAAUGGCGCCCCCUUGUGCUGCAAGCCGCAGCUUAGUUUGCUGCUGUGCGUUUUCUAUUUUUUGUUGUUUAUGUCCGGUCCACCACUCUCUGUUUUGUCCAAAUUGUCUAGUUGUAUUAUGUUCAUUGUAAUUGCUUAUGUCCCUUGUAUGAUUAGUCUCUCCUCAGUGUUGUACCUGUAUGCCUUGAUUCUGAAUGGGGCCUUAUCACCCAUAUGCUCUUAAUGGUUAUUCAUGGCAUGCUUUAAUUUGUUGGGAUGUAAUAUCUGUGAUCUAGGGGACACCUAUAAACAUUGUGCUUUCUUUUACUCAGUAAGAGACGGAGACUCAUUUCACUGGGGACAAUCCCUCCACUGGACAAUACAUCCACUGGAAUUACUUUUUGAAAAAUAUAAAAACUGUAAAUGGUUAUUAUACUGCACAAUUUUGUACACGGUUUUGUCAGUUUUUGAAGGAUAUGGUUUUUUUUUUUUAAAUUAUUCAAAACAGUAUGGCAAAAUCGUGAUGUGAAUGCACCCUAAUCAAUCCCCCCAUAGACCAGCACCACCUGGAUUUUAAACCCUUUCAACUUAACAGAGGAAAACAGAUGGUUAUACAGCCACACACAGUGCAGGGCAAAAAAAGAGUUCCAAAUAUUAUUUCUGUGUGCGCAUCGUUAUGCAGACGCGACGUGCACAGCAGCAGUGUGCUUUGAACUCUUAGUGAGUCUUAAAGGCGCGCACAGUUUAAACUCUUAUGGAUGCCGCCUGUUUUUACCUUAAUGACGUUGCCCAACUUUCCAAACCUGUCAUGUGUCUCUUUAAGUGGUAAUACCUCUGACACGCUUUUACUGAGUAACGCAAUUCUGAGGUUGUUUUUUUAUUGCGUUAACUGUGUGGUAAAAAUUAUGUUAUCUUUAUUUGGUGGGUCAGUAUGAUUAUGGCGAUAAACAAUAUAUAUAGCUUUUUAUGUUUUUUUUUUCUUUUCACAACAAAAUCAUUUUUUUUCCUUUUUUGUGUUGCCAUGUUCUGACAGCUAAACUUUUAUUUUUAGGCAAACACCUUUGUGUAAGGACUUAUUUUUCGUGGGACGAGCUGUACUUUUUUUUGGUACAAUUUUUGCAAUACAUGGUACCUUUCAAUCUCAUAAACGAUUCUUGCACUUUUAAUUUUUACGGCAUUCACUGUGCAGGAUUAAUAACAUCGUUUAAUUGUACAAGUCAUUACAAACAUGACAAUACCUAUUAUGUAUUAAUUUGGGCCUUUUUUUUUGUUUUUGCAUGAUAAUACAGGGCUUCGUUGGGAAAGGGGCAUUUAUUUAUUUUUUUACUUUAUUUAUUGAAAAGCCUUUUAUUCUUUAUACUUUUAACAGCUAUCCUGCAGCAUAGUAUAACAACCUGUGCGAUGCAGCCUAUCGCUGGACCUCACAGGCUGCCAUACUAGGCAGACAGGAGGCCAUAAUGCUGCCAAAACUGGCGCAAGCUCAACAACUGCAGCGGGACCUGCUGCUGAUCUCCUGCCGUGCGUCACACUGUCCAGACCGCUAGGAUGUAUGCAUACAGUUGCACGGACAUGUCAGCAACUGGAACGUACACAUAUAUAAAGUGGUGCUCGCUCAGGGCAUCUAGGACGUGGGUCCUGGAUCCCUGAGUGGUGAGUAUGAAUUGUAUUCCUUCUAAUACGAAGGAGUCAGUAGAAGCACGCGACUCGUGCGAAACAAUUGUUGCCCAUUUUAUCCGCCUGCUGCAUCUAUGUCCUCCCCUUGUCAUGUGUCAAUAGAUAUUGAAAAAAAGCCCUUGAUUUUACUUUCAAGCUACUCCGGUGUGCCAAUUAGGCUAGGUUCAGACUACGGAAUCUCCAGGCAGAAAAUUUCCGCCCCGAGAUUUCAAGUGCGGCCAGCGCCGAAACAAUGAAUCAUUCGGGUGUUAGGAUCGCACAGACACUGCAGUCUCCAAUAGACUGCAAUGUGUUCCGCGCGGAUUUCCGCCUGAAGAAAGAGCACCGCCAUUCUUCAGGCGGAUAUUUCCAAGCGGAUUUUCCGUUCACAAAUUCCGCUUCAAAAUUCCGAAGUGUGAAUUUGUGAACGGAAACCCAUUCACUACACUAUACAUUUCCCCAUAGGAGGUCUAUAAUAGACUUGAUCAAAUCUGGUGUAUCUCUUGUGUAUGAUGGCAAUAUGUACAACGUGUGGUCUGUCAGCAUUCUGUUAGCUUCCUUGAUAUGAUCAGCACGAUCAAGAAUGACUAUUUCACCUCCAGUGUCAGUUGCUUUAAUAAUGAUGUGAUCGUCCUCAGCUAAAUCUCUUUUUUUACAUUUUGAUUUUAUUACUUUUAAAAUUCCAUACAAAAAUAUGCACAGAUAUUUGUUAAUUUACAAUAUCAAAAAAUAUGCACAUCAAAUUUUAGUGAAUUCCACAAAUUUAUCAAAAAAAUACUUUUAAAGGGGUACUUAGUUGGAAAAUGAUUUUUUAUUAUUUUUUUAAAUCAACUGGUGCUAGAAAGCUAUACAGAUUUGUAAAUUAUUUCUAUUAAAAAAUUGUAAUCCUUCCAGUACUUAUCAGCUGCUGUAUACUAUAGAGGAAGUUGAGUUGUUCUUUUCAGUCUGACCACAGUGCUCAGCAUUGAGCUGUUUAACUUUCUAGAGUCAGUUGAUAUAAAAAAAAAAGAGUUUCCUCCCGGAGCACCCCUUUAACCAUCCACCCUCCUCCCCUCUUUAUACUGCUUGAGAGAGAAAAAAGGAACCCAUCUCUCUUCUUCCCCCCCCUCCCCACACAAUCACAAACAAAUAUUUCUUGUGUGUUUACUUAUCAUUUUCAU